UCGGUGACGUCAUUCUGUGCGACUCUGUGGCCCGCCGUCAAGUUUUCUGGUCGCUCUUCCAAACUAUGCCGAAAGUAGUGUCUCGGUCGGUAGUCUGCUCUGACACCCGGGACCGCGAGGAGUAUGACGAUGGCGAGAAGCCACUUCACGUCUACUACUGUUUGUGCGGCCAGAUGGUCCUGGUGCUGGAUUGUCAGUUAGAGAAACUGCCCAUGAGGCCCCGGGACCGAUCCCGUGUGAUUGAUGCUGCCAAACAUGCCCACAAGUUUUGUAACACAGAAGAUGAGGAGACCACGUAUCUUCGGAGGCCUGAAGGCAUUGAACGACAAUACAGGAAGAAGUGUGCAAAGUGUGGACUACCACUCUUCUACCAGUCCCAGCCGAAGAAUGCUCCUGUGACCUUCAUUGUGGAUGGAGCAGUAGUGAAGUUUGGCCAGGGUUUUGGGAAAACAAAUAUAUACACUCAGAAACAAGAGCCUCCUAAAAAGGUGAUGAUGACCAAACGGACUAAAGACAUGGGCAAGUUCAGCUCUGUAACUGUGUCUACCAUUGAUGAGGAGGAAGAAGAGAUUGAGGCUAGGGAAGUUGCUGAUUCGUAUGCACAGAAUGCCAAAGUGAUUGAAAACAACUGGAGCGCAAAAGGCAUGAGUAAGAGGCGCCUGCAAGAGCUG